AUGGUCACUCGCUCAAAGAACAAUAUUCGUAAACCUCUCACUAGACUUUGCCUUGCAGCUUUUGUUGAUACACCUAAAUGUACCAAUCUUUCUCUUCUUAAGAGUGAACCAAAGAGUGUGGCGAGUGCACUUAAGGACGCUGAUUGGCAUGCUGCCAUGGUAGCUGAGAUUAAUGCUUUAAAGGCUCAAGGCACUGUGACCCUUGUUCCACGUCCCUCUGGUACGAAUAUUGUUGGGUCUAAAUGGAUUUUUCGGGUGAAACGGAAUGCUGAUGGAAGUCUGAACAAAUACAAGGCUCAUUUGGUUGCUCAGGGGUUUACUCAAAGACCAGGUAUUGACUAUAUUUAG